CAAAUGGCGGCCCUUCGAAUUGACGAAGGCGAACCGGUGGAGGACGGAGUGCAGAAAUUCUUCGACUUGUUGACACGGCUUGAAGGAGCUGACCUGAACUACAGUGACCUUCAAAAGAAGACCAAGCUGCUGGCCUUGCUUCCGGACUCAUGGUCCUCGCUCAUCAUCAACCUAAAUCGAGAUCUGCCCCGCCUCUCGCUCGAAGAUGUGAAGCGGGAUAUCUUACAAGAAGAUUUCCGUCGUCGUGAAUUGGCGGGUACCGAUGGUGCCGGAGUUGCAAGCAUGGGCCGUGGGCACGGCCGUGGAAGGGGCAGAGGGCGAGGAGGAAGAUUUGGCAGCAGCAACUUCAAUGGAGGCCGUGGUAAUGGAGGAUAUGGCAGCAACAACAACAACAAUGGCUACGGGCGUGGGCGCGGUCGAUUUGAUGGCGAAUGCCACUUUUGCCACAAGACCGGCCACAUGUGGAGAGAUUGCUACAGAUUGCCUGAUGGAUGGACCCCUUCUUAAGGCCAAGAGGGCAGAGGAGCAAGGGGAGGAAGAGGCAGAGGUCGUGGAGGCCGUGGUGGUCGUGGAAGCGAAGCGGCAUGCAUGAAAGCCAACCUGAUUUCCGUUCGGCGUUUGCAAAAGGCCGGCAUGGACACAUCUUCCAAGGGAUCCAAAACUUAUACCGCGCGGCUUGGUGAGCGGAAGCUUUGGGACCUUCAUGAGGACAGGGACAUCUACAAUGAAAUGUGGCAAAUCCCAGUGGUCCCCAUGCCUAAGGAGAGGCAAGUGGCAGCAAGCAUCAGCACCAAGAGUGAAGGGGGUGGUGGCGGUGAUCACGGAAAGCAAAGUGACACCAAGAGUGACUCGAACGAGUGCAAUCUUGGAGAGACCAGCAAGGCAUGUGAAUCCAAGGAGAGUGGUGCAGCAGCCAAAGGUGGUGGAAAUGAGGAGGAGAAUCAUAAGAUCAGCAAAGCAGCAGCGGCGAAGGAGAAAGGAGAGAGCUUGUGGGGCACAAUUGCGAGUGCCGCUUUCUCCAACCCGAC